UUUACAGAGGACAAUAUAGAAGAAGAUAAUUUGUUAUCUGGAUUUACUGACAAUGUUAGGCAACGCAACCCCACUCAAGAGUAUAUUACCACAGAAGACACAAUUAUUGAUGUUGAUAGUAUCUCUAUUGUUCCUUCUUCUUCAUUUUACCCAACACGUGAGACAGAGGAAGCCGCAGGUGUCACAGAAAUUACAGUGAGACAGAACGUAGUGGGAAUGGAAGAACCAGAGGGUUCAGGGUCUGUAAGUGAGACACUGUCUACACCACUAACUUUAUAUCCUGCCUCAGAUGCUGAUUCAGAGUAUUCACUGACAACUACAGCAGCACCACAUGUAGGCAAUGUUUCUACUAUUGAGCCAGACCAUGGCAACAAAGUUGUCUCAACACCACCAGCCACCUCAACUUCUUCUGAGUCCUCUGAGUCAAGCUCUGAAGAAGUCUAUAGUUUAACCACACCCCCUAUGCCUUCCACUUCUUAUAUUGAAGCUAAACUGGAUGAUUUACCAUCUGGUAUGUUCCUUUCAGAGAAACCCACCACAAUCACCAGAUUGGAUGAAACUCAGACCUCAGACAAUGAGGCAAGCUCAAAUUCUGAGAAAGUAUCAUGGGUUUCACAACCCACAAAUGAAAUAGUACCCUCUAAAGUAGAUGAAGAAACUGUAUCCACUGAAAAAUCGACUUACUCACCCACAGUGUCCUCUUUAGAAAGCACUUCAAAACCAAAUAUGGUUCAGUUUGUCACCUCCUUUCCUCCACAACUAGAUACAACACCUGAGGAGGCCUUCCAACAAGCCAGGUCUGAGGCCAUGCUCACUCACCAUCCCAAAACUGAUGCGUUCUCUGAGAGUAUUGUGUUGGCCACUACUAUCCCAAUCCUACCUAGUAAGGAAUCAGGACAAGACUAUGACCCCUCUGAUGCAAGUAGCCAGACUGUGACAGAACUAUUAGUGACCACAACCUCAAGUGAACACACAUCCUUUGAACCCACUUCAAAUGACGUCUCAGCUUCAACAGAGCCUGAAAACAUAGUCCAGUUCGGCACCACAGCUUCUCCUGCAUUUUCAAUAUUGAACUCCGGGGAAUCAUAUGAGCAAGUGAAGUCGGAGAUCACACAAACACACCAUCCCCAGAUUGACAUCUUUUCUCAGGCUGCAUCACUGACCACAGCUCACCCUAUGUCCUUGGAAGACUAUGGAACAUUCAGACCAAAGCUUCAGCCAUCCCCAGAAACAGAUUACCAAAUAUCAAUGUCUCCAGUCUACAAUAUUCCUGAUGAUAUAGAUUAUCCAACCCCAGAUUAUGAUUCACCUGACCCUGGCAGUGUUCAAGGACCUCCUCCUAACAACGAUGCAUCUAAACCAAGAAAGGCAACCGUGGCUUCUACAACACCAUCUGUUUCUCCAAAAUCUAAUUCUGAAAACUCUGAAAAAACAUUGUUGGCAACAUCCUACAUCAGUGUGCCAUCAGUUUCUACUUCUGAGAGUGAUGCAGAAGCCAUCAACAGCUCUGAGCAAAGCUGGACCACAGCUACUAUCACCGAAGAGGAUAGUGAUGAGGCUGAGACCAUUACCCCAGAGCCUUUGUCAGCUACCACAAAGUUGCCUUAUGUGUUUAGUACACAAGCAGGCAGUGCCAGCUCUGAGACUAAAUCUGACAUUGAUGCCACAAAUAUAGCAAAAACAGAAAGAGUUAACCAGCAUCCCCUGUCCCAAGAUGAAAUCCAGGAAAUAUUCAAGGUAAAUGCUACAGCAAAUGCCCCCAGUUCCCAAGUAGAGCAUACAACAAUUGCUCCAGCACAAACUCAAAGCCAACCAGUACUAGACACAUCUAGAGUCACCACAGCUCCACAUCUCUCUGAAGAGGAUGCAUCCGCUUCCCUACCAGCCCUUAGUGGGGGAGAACCACCAACAGAUGGUGUUGAAAUGAAUACCCAGCCUAAUAUUGGGAUUGAUUUCGGCCACACUGUAAUUGGAGAGACUGUUGAAAUCCCUGGAAUUAAUUCUUGUACAGAGGAUUUCUGUAUGAAUGGGGGAUCUUGCUACAAAAGUGGCAGCAUCUUUUCAUGUAGCUGUGCUCCUGGUUACACUGGCCAUCGAUGUGAAACGGACAUUGAUGAGUGUCAGUCAAAUCCAUGUCACAACGGAGGCACAUGCAUUGACGGGCAGGCUUCCUUCACCUGUGUGUGUCUCCCAAGUUACUCCGGGCUAUACUGUGACCAGGACACAGAAACAUGCGACUUUGGCUGGCACAAAUUUCAGGGGCACUGCUACAAAUACUUCCCCCUCAGGAAAACUUGGGACUCAGCAGAACGAGAGUGCCGCAUACAGGGGGCUCACCUCGCCAGUCGUGGACAGGACUACCAGUGGAUCGGAUUAAAUGAUAAGAUGUUUGACAGCGACUUCCACUGGACUGAUGGAAGCCCUGUGCAAUAUGAAAACUGGAGGCCCAAUCAGCCCGACAGCUUCUUUUCUUCUGGUGAAGACUGCGUGGUGAUGAUCUGGCAUGAGGACGGCCAGUGGAAUGACGUCCCUUGUAACUACCAUCUGACCUUUACCUGCAAAAAGGGCACAGUGGCAUGCAGUCAACCCCCAGUAGUAGAGAAUGCACGCACCUUUGGGAAGAAGCGGGUGAGGUAUGAAAUCAACUCACUGGUGAGGUACCAGUGCCACACAGGCUUUAUUCAGCGGCAUGUCCCAACAAUACGUUGCCGCGGCGAUGGCCGAUGGGACAUCCCUAAAAUUGCCUGCAUAAACCCAUCGAGGUAUCAGAGGACUUUUACAAGAAGACAUCAACAUAAUAGCCUCUACAGCAUCAACAACUUCAAAAAAUGGGAAGAGGAGGCCUUCCGCCUCCACAAUCAGCGCUACCGGGGAAGGAGACAUAGAAUUGAACACAAGAGGAGGAGGCCGUGAUUACCGAGAAACUGUGGCUCUGCUUCCCUGAGACCAGACUGCACACCUGAUACUUGUGUGUGGAAAUAUGAAAAGGAAAAAGCACAAGAGAAACCAAAGAAAGAAGAUAACCUGCAGUUCUUGCAUUUUGGAUGACGAUGGAAUAUUAUGAAGUGCCUUCUUGUUGUUACAUGACUUUUCAUAUCAAGGGGGCACUGUUGUAUAACAGUUCCAAUCUGGAUUUCUUAAACCUUUCAGGUGGCUGCUGGAAAAGCAAGAGUACUCUUAUCUUAUGUGUAUGUGUUUUUUGUCAAGCUGUAUUUUUCCUUUUUCCCUACAGUCAUCAUUGUACACCAACUGUGCCGUUUGAAAUUACUGCAAGUCUUCAUUAAUGACAGUUUUUAUGGUCAGCGUCUAUUCUGCAUCAGGGCAUCCAUUUGGUUGUGACUAUGAGCAGUUUUUCAGUGUCAAGAGGUCCAACUCUGACUUCAUAACUCAAACAGAUGUCAUUAUACAAACAAGCCAUGCCACAGUCACACGAGUAUCACAAACAAAACUUUAAAUAAUUAAUUCCACUUUAAUCAACAGAACCACAAAUAAUGUUUCUAAACAUGGGUUCACAUUUUUAGACAUUUAGAAGAGAUUAAAAUCCACAGGAAGUGAUUUUGUUGUUUUUGUCAGCACCUGUCGCAGCCGAAAGUGCCAGCUGUCACUGUCUUCACUGGUUUUAUGUGAGUUUACACAUUUAUGGAGCGAUAUCCAUACGGAAAUGUUACAGACUUGUUGUCUAGGUCGAGUGAUUGAAUACUUAUUGACAAAGCCUUUUUUUGCCAUUAAACAAUUGAUACACUUCCACUUCAAAAGGAAAGGAGGGAAGUGUUGCAUGGGUUUUAGUGUAUGAAUUAAAGUAAUUUGGUACGUAAUGUUUACAUGAACCGCCAAUAUUAUUCACCGUCACAAACAGAGUCCUCCUCUUAUUUGUUGCUUUUAAUUUCUUUCUUUUUUUCCAGCUUUUCUUCACCGGACUUGUCUGUUAUUGUGGUCACAAAUCCGCCUUUGAGAGAAUGUAUUUUGUGAACAAUCAGAAAGACUUGAACGUAACAACUGUUUCGGCAGAGAUGCGUAUAAUUUAUUUUCAAGCUGCUCUCACUGUCUUCAUGUGUAUUUUGCCUACAGGUUAAUUGUGAAGCAGUCACUUAGCCCAGCAGUGGUCUUCAUGUGUUUUAAAUGUAUGUUCCACUGGAGACAAGCCACAUGUUUCGAUAAGAUGCUUUGCAGAUGGAGAGUUGCUCAGAAAGAAAUGAUUGUCUUUUUACAUCUUUAACAUCAUUAGUGGACCAGCAAAUAUAAAGGGCUACAUCAGCAAUAAUUUGUAAUAAGUGUGUUUUGUAACACUGUCAUGUUAUUUGUACAUCAGGUUAGUUUUCAGCUUUUUUAAGGAGAAAUGCUGUUUUGUUUGGUCUGUCUGUGAAUGUGUGUCUUAGCCUCAAUAUGCACAUAAUGACAUUUUAUAUUUAUAUAACUUUUU